CUGCGGCAGCCUGGGACACCUGUAGAAGACAAGCCACUCCAUGUAAACCGUGCUCUGCUUCUACUCUCUCUGCUCAACUGCUCUCACAAUGGAGCUGUCUUGUGAAUCCGUGAGAUACCCAGAAGACAGAAGACCGGCCAGUUGCAAGUUUGUAGAGCUCCAUGUGCUGUAUGUACCAGAUGACCAGUGGAAUGUGAAGCUCAACAAAGUACCAGCAGAAGCCAUCGAGACUUUCAUCUCUGCAGGCUUCAUCAGAGUUUUUCCUGACGUCACCCUGAAUAGUCUGAGGAACGAGCUGGGCGCUCUCCUUGGCACAGAGAGGAGCAUCAACAAAUUCUCCUUCCUGAAAUGUGUGGGCCGUAGUCUGGCACUGGUCAAAAGCAAACAGGAGAAGGAUCUCAAAGUGAAAACCUUUGCUCCACCAUAUGCGCCACAGCCAGAGCUUUACCUGCUGCCCACUGUGGAGAACGGCAGCAGUGUUUGCUCCCAGUCUCUCACUGCAGACACCAGCAGCAGCAGCAGCAGCAGCAGCUCCCCACACCCCCCGACAUAUUACCAGCUUCCCAAGACAUGCAGCCUGCCAACGAGGACAAAGGAGCCCAUUAAAUUCCCCCUCAUCCCCCAGUGUUCCCAUCAACCACCUCCCAACCUCAGUCUGGAGGAGGGGGAGGAUGAUGAUGAAGAGGAGGAGGAAGAAGAAGAGGAACAGAGCUACAGUUCUUCAGAGGGAGAUGGAGAAAAUGAAGAGGGACAUCUCUCCUCUAACAAAUCUGAAUGGGCAGAGCACAAGUGUUGUCUGAGGAAGACUCAGAAUCAAAGGGCACCACAGCCGGUUUUACUAAAUACAGGUUUAUGUGGACAGCGACAGGAAGCUGAAGCCACUCAGAUGAAGGAGCCGACACAAAAAGAAGAAACCAGCAGAAAAAAGAAACAAUACCACAGAAAAGUGACCAGAGACUCAGGAGUAGCAGAGUCUCUGGAGGAUGGAGAGUCAGGCUCCACCCUCACAGAUGGGCUCGGGAAGUCAAAAGAAACACAUGCACGUAAACCAGCGAGUGAGGUGACGGAGAGUCCAGCUGUGUCGUCUGGGCCUGUGCGGCGUAACUCUCCUCCUCCUCCGGGUCUGGACUUGGCCUUGGUUACCCAUAAACCUGCUGCUCCUCCGGUCUUCCAGACAAACAGAGAGGAACUGAUCGAGGACAUCAAGCUGGUGAGGGAGGAGAGAAAGCAGCUGGAGUGGAUGAGGCAGGAGUUGCUGAGGAAGGGGAAAGAUUUAUUGGCCCAGAAUAGACAUCGUAGGAACCAAGCGCGGGAUAGCUGGAAAAAGAAAUACUUUGAAACCAAGAAGGCCACGGCACCACUGGAGGACAGUCUGAGGAAGUUACGACAAGAGUUGGAGACGUUUUACAACAAACUGCUGCACCAGCUCCAGGCCAGAGAUAACAGAGGGAAGCAAGGACGGCAAGGCAGGUCUUCCAUCAAGAACGAGCUCAUCAUUCAGAUUAUGACUGAGAGCCAUGAGAUUGACGACCUGAAGAGGAAAGUAGAAGAUGCAAAAAUGAAGCUGGUAACGGAGAUAAAGUUGAGGAAACAGGCUGCCACAGAGCUGAGGGCGCUGAAGGCCGAACUGGCCCAGAAGAAAAGCCAGUCAUCUCAUCUGGGACCUACGUCCUCUCUGGGCUUUGGACAUACCACAUGCAACAGAGCACAUCUUUAAAACACGUCCGCCUAAUCCUCUGUUUACAAGGACACACAAGACUGAUGUCUGAUCUCAAAUGGACUCUCUUAAGUAUCACAUUUUUGACAAAACCUACCUUUUACACCUGAAUUUUGUGUUUACGUUCUCUACAUUUUCUUCAUACAUUAUGAGCCACUCAUGAGCAUGGCCGGAAUUCUUCACGAUGUCAAUGUUGUCCUGCUUUGUUCAUUUUGCUCUGUGCUGUAAGCUUGUCACAUUUACAAAAGGAAAAUGCUUUAUAUAAAAUCCAAAAAGAACAAUCACUUUUAAAUCAAAAUUGCACUUUGAGACUAUGCUAUUUGGAAAUCGUUUGCAAUUGUGCUAUUUGUUUUUGUUCUAUGUUCCACUCAGUUAAAAAAAUACAUUCAUUACUUGGUGAAGGUCCAUGAAAUCAAGAGAUAAAUGUGAGAUUUCUUUUCAAAUCCUGCUCAGUCCUUAAAUCCUUUAUUCCAUGAGAGGUGAGAUCCAUUAGAAGCUGAUUUUGUGAUGAUCUUAAAAUGUGUCUGAGUCCAUGAAUGUACAAAGACAUAAACACACUGAGCUCAAAUUAAAAAGUGUCAUGUCGCUGUGUAACAUCA